CCUUGCUAUGAGCUGGCCCCGCCCCCUAGCCGCCGCUGCGGGAGAGGCCCGGUCCGGAGUUUGCGGAGGACCAAGCGGGGCGCGCUCAGGCCGGCAGCGGCGACUCAGAUGAGGACGCUGAGGCCCAUGAAGUGAACCCUGCUGCCCACAGCCACGCGGAUUUCUCAACUGCUGUCUGGACUGGAAGCGUGGCAAGAGGACAGGCCCGAGCCCCGGAGUAGCCAGCACACACCCCAGGUCCCGGGGCGUCGCCCCGCUUGUCGCCUCAGCUGAUGCCGCUGGGACUGGGGCGGCGGAAGAAGGCGCCGCCGCUGGUGGAGAAUGAAGAGGCCGAGGCAGGGCGCGGCGGGCUCGGCGGCGAGCAGGGGCCACUGGGCGGGGUGGGCGCGGGGCUCCCCCAGGCUGGACUACCGCCCCCGCCCCCCGCGCUGCGCCCGCGUCUGGUGUUCCACACGCAGCUGGCGCACGGCAGCCCCACGGGCCGCAUCGAGGGCUUCAGCAACGUGAAGGAGCUGUAUGGGCGCAUCGCGGAGGCCUUCCGCCUGCCGCCCGCCGAGGUGAUGUUCUGCACACUCAACACCCACAAAGUGGACAUGGACAAGCUGCUGGGCGGCCAGAUCGGGCUGGAGGACUUCAUCUUCGCCCACGUCAAGGGGCAGCGCAAGGAGGUGGAGGUGUUCAAGUCAGAGGACGCGCUGGGCCUGACCAUCACUGACAACGGCGCAGGCUACGCCUUCAUCAAGCGCAUCAAGGAGGGCAGUGUGAUCGACCACAUCCAGCUCGUCAGUGUGGGUGACAUGAUCGAGGCCAUCAAUGGCCAGAGUCUGCUGGGCUGCCGCCACUACGAGGUGGCCCGGCUGCUCAAGGAGCUGCCCCGCGGCCGCACCUUCACGCUGAAGCUCACAGAGCCUCGCAAGGCCUUUGACAUGAUCAGCCAGCGUUCAGGGGGCAGCCGCCCCGGCUCCGGCCUACAACUGGGCACUGGCCGAGGGACCCUCCGGCUGCGAUCACGGGGCCCCGCUACAGUGGAGGAACUGCCCUCAGCCUUUGAGGAGAAGGCCAUUGAGAAGGUGGACGACUUGCUGGAGAGCUACAUGGGGAUCAGAGACACCGAACUGGCAGCCACCAUGGUUGAGCUGGGGAAGGACAAAAGAAACCCAGACGAGCUGGCCGAGGCCCUCGAUGAACAGCUUGGUGACUUUGCCUUCCCGGACGAGUUCGUCUUUGACGUCUGGGGUGCUAUUGGGGACGCCAAGGUUGGCCGCUACUAGGAACCCACUGGACCUCUCAGUGACCAGGGCCAGCCUGCUGGAGGUCCCAGAGGGGACACCAGGCCGGGACCCUGCAUGUCCAGCUGGAGCUCGUAGAUGGAGCUCAGUGGUCAGAGGGUGGUGUGCAGCAGCAGCAGCAGCAGCAGCAGCAGGGGACCCCAGCCCUGCCUGCUCCAGUCGGUACCACGGUCUUCCCGGAUCCCAGACUGGCUGGGUUCCCUCGCCCCCUACCUCAGCUGGAUCAGGAGCCUGGGGAGGGCCCCACACUGGGCGGCCCCCCCCCGCCACGUUCCACUGUCAGCUGCCAAGUGGCUCCUGCAUCUCCCUAGGGCCUAGGUUCUGUUUGGGGUUUCCUAACACAGGGAAUGCAGGUGGGGUCCCCCUCAGCAAAUGCAAUAACCCCCUCCCAUGCCCCCUCCUAAGAGGAGCCCCUGACUUGGAGUCUGUUACCUCCAUGUUGGGGAAGAGUUUGCUGUGAACCCCCCAACCAUCCCCCAACCCUGUUGUCUCACCCUCCAGGCCCCAGGGAGGGAGGGAGGCAGAGGCAGCGAUGGCAGGGGCUUUUGUAUCUGAAUUUCUGUCUUGAACAUAAAGGAGCUAUCUGGA